CCUAACUGUCAGACGCCACGUCCGCGCAAGUCUGUGGCGACGUGAAAAUAUGAUGGAAUAGGACGAGUCGAAUCAGGAGUUUUCUCAUCAGCAAACGGUUGUUUAUCAUUGACAUCUACAUCAUUAGCUACUGUUCAGUAAGCAGAAGACUUCAGAAGAACCUGGGAGACGUAAGCUAGCUAGGUGCCACGAGAGCAGUGAAUUUGACAGUACAGUACCUGAUGUGGUAGUGGGAGAUGAGACAGUGAGAGUGAGCCUCUCCCUAGAUCCACAUCCCAUGAGAUGGGAGCCAACACAAGCCAGGUCAGUGACCUGUCAGAGAACCAGAGCCUCCGGACCCUGAUCGGCACAGAGUCCAUCUCAGAUAAUGACCCCUUCUGGAACCAGCUAAUCUCCUUCACAUUCAUCAGCCCCACUAGCAGUUGUAACUCCAAGCUGUUGGAAGAGGCUGUUAUUCCCCUGGCCAAGAUCCUGAUUGAGAACAAUCCCAGAACAGGGAAUUUUGGAGCCCUAGUGAGAAUAUUCCUGGGAAGAACCAAAGAGUUGAAAAUAUCCACAGAAUGCCAAGAUCAGCUGUUCAUCUGGCAGGCCCACAAUACUUUGUUCAUGAUUCGCUGCCUUCUAAAAGUCUUCAUCAGGGAGAUGACAGAGGAGGAGCUGCACUUACAGUUCUCCUACCAGGAGAGGGUGCCAGGCUCCUGUGACACAGGGAGCGAGGUACUGCUGGAAGAGCUGAUGUGUAACCUUGUAUACCUGGUGGUGGAGGUUCCCCUGCUGAGCUUUGUUGGGUUCUGUGGCGCCGGGCUGGUCGUGGUGAGUCGGCCCAGAUCUGGCCCGGCAUUGCUGGUGGCGCUGGUGUACAUUUCAAAGGCAUUUCUCCGCUACUCCUCUGUCUUCGCCUUUGUACCUUUCCAACACGCAGCGGUGUGUGUGCGCGCACACAUGCUUAUGCCUGCGCCUGGAUGCGUCUUUGUGUGUAAGUUCAUCAAACAGUCAGCAGUACACUCAUUUCUAUGUCUAUUUCUUUUGCCUUUAGUUUUCAUGGUCGACAUUUCUAUGAGUUUUUAUUUAGGCCUGGCUACACCUAUUAUUUAGCCAUGCCAUUCACUUCUGAAGGUCUGUCAAUGUGCCUGUGCUGAAAGCAUGAGUCUCCUCCUUUGUGUGUGUCGUGAGUAUGGCCAUGCUCCAGGCCAAGACUGCCUCUCUCCCUCACACUCAAUAUAAAAGCAUCGGCAUGGCGAUCUCCAUGUCCCAUGGAAUGUUCUCAGGACUUCAUUGUCUUCCGUUCCUCCUCCAUGUGACCGUCAUGCCUAGAACCUAUGAACCGUGAUGAUGAUGAGGAUAGUGAUUGAGGAGUGCAUGACGGUAACCUUACUCUUGAGUUGAACACACUCAUAAACACUUUGCUAUGUAAGUGUCUUAUUCAACUCUCCUUGUAGUAACUCGAUCAAAGGCAAAAGGAGGACUGACGGAUGUUAUUACUCUUGUUUACAUGAGAGCCAUUCCAAGGCAAAUGUUGUUUGAGGUUUGAAAUAAAUGAUUGACAGGGGUUUGAAACAAACACGUCUCUCUGGCUCUGUUCAGCAUUUCAUUCCGUUCUUCAUUGUUUUGAAGCUCCACAACAUCCUUUUUUUCUUUUCGCUUUGUUGCCGUCGGCCCGUUUCCUAUCUACGUGCUCCGAGUAGAGAGGAGAGGGAAAGAAAGCCUGACUUUUGGUAGAAUUCAAGAAUUU